AUGCUAGCAUUUGGCUACCGUCAGAGCAAUUCAGACCACACAUUCUUCCUGAAGAAACAAUAUAGUAAGAUCACUGCACUCAUUGUAUAUGUGGAUGACAUAGUAGUUAUAGGGAAUGAUCAUAAAGAAAUGAAGGCUCUCAAGAAAUACUUGUUCGGAGAAUUCGAAAUGAAAGAUCUAGCUGAGACAUCAGUAGAAGAAGGACUGAAGUUAUGUGUUGAGUCCAACCAAGUACCUGCUAAUAAAGGAAGAUACCAAAGACUUGUAGGGAGAUUGAUGUACUUAGCACACACGAGACUGGAUCUGGCUUACGCAUUGAGUAUUGUCACCCAGUUUAUACAUGAUUGUGGAAAGAAACAUAUGAAUGCAGUUAUGCGCAUUUUGAGGUAUCUGAAAUCUGGUCCUGGAAAAGGAAUUUUGUUUACUAAAAAUGCUGGUUACCAAAACAUAGAUGCAUAUACUGAUGCUGACUGGGCUGGAGCUAUAGAUGAUAUGCAAUCUACUUCUGGUUACUUCACUUUUGUAGGAGGUAAUCUUGUUACAUGA